UCACAGAAACCAUUAUUGAGGAGCACAUGGGGCUGUUGUUAAAGUAGUAAUUAUUGAGCAGUGGAGCCGUUGUUCACAUUUAUCUGUUUAUUUCUAAGUGGACUCUUGACUUUACAUAACUAGCCAAGUCUUCCUUCUUCACAGCCACUUUAAUCUUCCUCCUCUCAUAUCUCAAACUACUCUCUAUCAGCUAAGCUUGCUACGUUUUCUUUCAUCCAACAAGAACAAAUGGCCGAUGCAAUCCUGUAUGGCGUUGUUCAGAAGAUUAUUGAAAGCUCGGGCUCCUCCACUCUCAAACAGAUUGGAUCGAUCUGGGGUGUCAAAGAUGAUCUCGAAAAAAUGAACAACACUGUUCUCGCUAUUCAAGCUGUACUUCAGGAUGCAGAGGAGCAGCAGGUCCAGAACAAACAAGUCGAGCACUGGCUCAACAGGCUCAGAGAUGUAGUUUUUGAUGCAGAUGACUUGCUGAGCGAGUUCUCCACUCAUGUGCUUCAGCGUAAGGUGAUGGGUGGUGAUAAAAUGGCAAAGAAGGUACGUAUUUUCUUUUCAAGAUCAAACCAACUUGUUUUUAGUUUUAAGAUGGCUUGCAAAAUAAAGGCUACGAGGGAGAAGCUUAAUGAUAUAGCAACUGAUUGGAAAAAUUUUCACUUGGAGUUGGUAGAGCGUCCUUUAAAGACACAGGAUGUGACUAGGGACAGGGACCAAACUCACUCAUAUAUAGGUGAAGAAGAAGUUAUUGGGAGAGAAAAGGAAAGGAAGGACAUCGUAGAUCUAUUGUUGGACUUUGAUGUGAAAGACAAUGUCUCAUUCGUAUGCAUAGUGGGGAUUGGAGGGUUGGGGAAAACCACACUGGCUCAAUAUGUAUACAAUGAUAAAAGUGUCAAGGAUUAUUUUGAUUUGAAGAUGUGGGUGUGUGUAUCUGAUGACUUUGAUGUUAAAAAAAUUACUGAAAAGAUAAUUGAAUCUGCAACUAAAACAAAACCUGAAAAUCUUGGGAUGGAUCCAUUGCAAAAUAAACUCCGGGAUCAACUCAACCAAAAGAAGUACUUGCUUGUAUUGGAUGAUGUUUGGAAUGAGAAUAAAGAUCGCUGGUGUAAUUUGAAAAGACUUUUGAUGGGUGGUGCAAAGGGAAGUAAGGUGUUGAUAACUACAAGGACUAAACUGGUUGCAGAGAUUACCAGCACAAUCAAGCCGUAUGUUCUAAGUGGCCUGCCAAAGGAUAAAUCUUGGAGUUUAUUGAAACGAAUGGCAUUCGGAGAAGGACAAGAUACCACUGAUCCUGGUCUUGAAACAAUUGGAAUGGACAUUGUAGAAAAAUGUCAAGGAGUGCCUCUUGCUGUAAAGACAAUAGGGAGAGUUUUAUAUUUUAAAACAACAGAAACUGAAUGGUUAGAUAUCGAGAAUAAUGAACUUACAAAUGUAAACAAUGGUAUUUUACCAGUUCUAAAAUUGAGUUACGAUCAUCUUCCAUCAUAUUUGAAGUGUUGUUUUGCAUAUUGUUCAUUGUUUCCUAAAGAUUACUUAAUUGAUAAGUUGACAUUGAUACAAUUAUGGAUAGCACAAGGAUUUAUUCAAUCACAAGAAAAGAACAAACAAUUAGAGGAUAUUGCCAAUCAGUACUUCAUGGAUUUGCAUUGGAGGUCCUUCUUUCAAGAAGCAGAAGAAGAUGAAGGCAUGAAUAUGAAGUUUAAGAUGCAUGAUUUAAUCCAUGAUCUUGCACAAUCAGUCUCAAAGAGUGAGUUUACUCUGGUUGAUUCUAAUGUAAACAAUGUCAAUGAAAAAGUUCGUCAUCUCUCAUUUUCAAUUGACAAUGUUUCGUUUAUUAGGCAGAAUUUAAGCACAUUGGUUAAAGCAAAUAAGAUGCGAGCAUUUAUUUUGGCAUGCGAUCCUCGGGUUGAUGAAGGGGAAAUAGUGGAAGAUUCAAUUCUCAAACCACUUAUUUCUAGUUUUAAAUACUUGCGUGUGUUAGACCUACAUGGGUUAGAAAUGAAGACAUUGCCAAAUACCAUUGGUAAGUUGAUGCAUUUGAAGUACCUUGAUCUCUCCUAUAAUGAAAUUGAAGUUCUCCCUAGUUCUAUAACUAGAUUAGUGAAUUUGCAAACAUUAAAGCUCUCUUGCUGUACUAAUCUUAAGGAGUUACCGGCUGACAUUCAAAAAUUGGUCAGCCUCAAGCACCUUGACCUAGAAGAUUGUGAGAAUUCGACUCAUAUGCCACGUGGAUUUGGUCAAUUGACUUCUCUUCAAACAUUAAAUCUCUCUGGGGGUGAAAAGCUAAGUGAGUUACCCGCUGACAUUCAAAAAUUGGUCAGCCUCAAGCACCUUAACCUAAAAGGUUGCAAGAAUUUGACUCAUAUGCCACGUGAAUUAGGGCAAUUGACUUGUCUUCAAGCAUUAAAUCUCUCUGGGUGUGUGAUGCUAAGAGAGUUACCAGCUGACAUUCAAAAAUUGGUCAGCCUCAAGCACCUUCACAUAGAUGGUUGUAAGAAUUUGACUCAUAUGCCAUGUGGAUUAGGGCAAAUGACUUCUCUUCAGACAUUAACCUUAUUUGUUGUGAGUAAGGGUUCUGUAGGUUCUUUCAAGCAUUGCGGUGGGCUAGCGGGAUUAAAGAAGCUAAAUGACUUGAGAGGAAAAUUAGAGAUUAAAAAUUUGGGAUGGGUGAAAGAUGCUUCCUCAGAAUUCAAAGCAGCAAAUUUGAAGGAGAAGCAGCAUCUGAGUGAGUUGGAAUUAAGCUGGAAUUUGGAGAGUGAUGAUGCCGUAGAUACCUGUGAUGAUGAAAAUUCCAUGGAUGGCCUCCAACCACAUCAAAGUUUAAAAUCUUUGCAAAUGGACGGGUACAUGGGUGUGAGGUUUUCUAGUUGGCUUUCAUUCUUAACAAAUCUCGUUGAAUUAAGAAUAUACAAUUGUAAGAAGUGCCAAUAUUUGCCAACGUUGUAUCAACUCUCAAACCUUCGAUUACUAUCUAUUCAAGAUAUGGAUGGUCUGGAGUACAUGACAGACGGGGAUAUGAAUGAUGAGAUAUCUGCUUCACUGGCAUCACCAUCAACAUUUUUCCCAUCCCUUCAGACACUCGGGCUCAGUGUAUGCUUCGAUCUAAAGGGAUGGUGGAGGAGUGUGGAUAAGGGGAAUGAGGCAACAACGACAUCAACAAUAUCAUCAACUAAUCACUAUCACCAACACAUGCCGUACUUUCCGCGUCUUUCUUCUUUAUGGUUGGAUAAUUGCCCUAAGAUGACUUGCAUGCCGCUGUUUCCAAAUCUUGAAAUAGAUCUUUGGUUGCGUAAUAGCAGUUUGAAGGCAUUGGAAGAGACAAUAGAGAUGAAUAAUAGGGGAGGAAGGGCUUCUUCAUUUCCGUCCUCUUCCUCUUCCUCUUCCUCCUCCUUCUCCCCUCCUCUCUCCAAAUUAAAGCAAUUGACUCUGACUCUGGAGUUGGAGUCUCUGCCAGAGGAGUGGUUUAAAAACCUAACUUCUCUUGAGAGAUUAAACAUUUGGUGGUGUCCCAAUCUGACGUCACUCCCCGAAGGGAUGAGUCACCUCACCUCUUUACAGAGCCUGCAUAUCCGUUGCUGUCCCCAAUUAAAGCAAAGAUGCGAGAAGGAAAAUGGAGAGGAUUGGGAUAAGAUUUCUCACAUCCCAAAUCUUAGAAUCGUAGAUUGAAAAGUUGAACUACUGCAUACGCUUCCCUGAAAGAACAAGAGGAUUUCAAAUGGGAAGAAGAAAGCUUAUUCUUGACGUUUCAGAAGUUGGUACACAAGAUUCUUCUACACAAAAAUGGCUGAUUCAGACAUGGAUGAUGAUAAUGACAAAAAAGUAGCACCGAGAUAUUUUGAAGCGCAAAGCAAACUUCUGAAAGGGUGUCAGCAAGAACAGGGGACGGUUGGUAAAAACUUCUCACAUCCUAGAGAGAGGCCUGUGAACGGUGAAGGUCUGAGAAGAGUGUGAUUUCCAAGUGCAGUGGUUCCAAGCGGAAACCUUCUAAAACAGGUUUCAUCAUGGGCAUUGAAUUUGAGAAACAAGACAGCGACAUCAUUUCAAAUUUUCUUGAAUUAUUGGGCUUUGAUGAUUUAAUUGGUUUCAAAAGUUCUAUGGAAGAAGAAUGUCAUGAUAUAGAUGAGGCAAGCUUGUGGUAUAGGAGGAGAAUUGGGUCAAAGAUGAUGGGAUUUAAAGAGAAGACAGCCCCCUCAUGACUGCUACCAUGUUUGAAAGCAAGGGUGUGUUGAAUUAUAUUCUGGAAACCAGUUUUAUUGAUGUUAACCAGGCUUCUGGUUUGGACGGGUUUCUGCACUUCAUUUUGUUGCUGCUGUGGACUUUGCUAUUUAAGGAAAGGAUGGAGAAGCACACUAUGCUGCUUCUAGGAAGCACUUAGAGGGAAGAGGACAGCGAGAGGGAAAUCACUGUGAUCAUGGCAUGUAUUGUAGAAGAAGAUGGGGAAGUCAUUAUGGAUUUAGAGCAAACAGAUGAACAAGAAACACCAGGUAUCUCACUACAUGCCAUUAGUGGUGACCAAUGCACCCAAGGCGAUGAAGGUAUUUGGUUGAAUUAAUUAAUAAGUCUUGUUUGGAAUGUGGCACUUACAUAACAUGGAUUUUUUUUUUUUGUCUUUGUUGUAGUCUUGACCUCUUAAGGAUAGUUAGCAUAUCAUUAAAUCAUAAUGCCUCCUUGGACAAUUAGAUGUUUUAUAUUUGUUGAAAAAAUAAUAUAAUUUUGGAGCUUUUUAUUCACCAGUAUAGGAAUUCAUUUUUCUGAUUAAAAAAUUUUAUAAUUGAAUGCCUUGUAAAAGCAAUGAAGAUAACAAUAGCUUGCAGUUGGGGAAAAACAAAUGGUACUAAAGAAAUGUGUUACCUGCUUUAAUUAGAUCAUAAACAAGUCCCUUGUUUUCUAUGAACUUCUUGUUUUUAUGUCCAUCAGUGUCAUGAAAUCUGGAGUGCCCCUUGUGGAAAAAAUUAUUGCCUUGAGAAAAAAAAUUUGCAAGUUAAAAAUGAACACCAAAACUUUCUUUCUCCAACGUUCUCUAGAAGAAGUUAUUUGGAACCCAGGAAAAAAAAAAAAUCCAACUUUGGUUCAAAUUGAAGGUGGUGAUAUUUCCCUUUUCCUCUAGAAUUUUGAAAUUGGUUUCUGUUGAUUAACUAGAGCAUUGGAGAAAAAGCUUCAGCUUUUUCCUCCUCACAGGGGAAUGUGCCAUUGAUCAGACUACUUACAUUACUGAGUUUGUGAGUUUUAUAUUAAAGGAGUGGAAGGAUACAAUCAAUCCAUUGGGAAGGAAAAGAAAGGAAAGAAUUUGUAGUGUCCAUUUUAUUGUGUUGUUCUGUCCUCGGUUUUUUUUUUUUUUACAAGUUGGUAAUAUUUUCCUGUCUAUCAAUCUUUUUCAACAACUAUGAAUACCACAAAAAGUUAAGGAGGUCAACCCAAUUAGUGAGAGAAAUCAUGUGUUCUGAAUAUAAGAUGAGGUAAAUUGAUGGUCAAUGAGGAACAACCAAUCAAGCUAUUUUUGACAUCUGACAAGUUGGUACGUAAGAUUCUUCCAGACAACGGAUCCAUUUCAUACAUGGAUGACGAUGAAGAGAAAAAAAAAAAAAAAAAAUAGCACUGGUAAUUUUAGCUUUACAUAAGAAAUUACAGUGAAAUCAGCUGGAGCUACCAGCAUGGAUUUUGUGUCCAAGAAAUUGAAGAAGAAAUAUAACAUCACCAGCAUGAAGCUGCUUAUACAUGGGUAGAUUCUAUAAAUGGAUGGGAGUUCCUAUGCAUUCAAGUGCAAGAUAUGCACAUUAUGUUACAAACAUUGAUUACGUGCAGAAACCUUUUGAAACAAGGUUUCAUCAUGGGCAGUGAAUUUGACAAACAAGCAGUUUGAAAAAUCUUUUCAAUUUUUCUUGAAUUAUCAGACUUCGAUGAUUUAAUUGGUUUCAAAAGUGAUGUGGAGAAAAGAAUGUUGGUGAGGCAAGCUUGUGGUAUGGGAGGAGAAUUGGGUUCAAAGAUGAUGGGGUUUGAAGAGAAGACAGCCCUCAUGACUGCUAACAUGUUUGGAAGCGAGGUUGUGUUAAAUUAUAUACUGGAAACCAGUUGUUGCUGUUGUGGACUUUGCUAUUUCAACUGAGGUUGUUAAGCUCUUGCUUGAUGCUUCUGCACUUCAUUUUGUAUAUUGUUGCAUACUGUUGACUAUGUACAGUACACCUUGUUCAUUUUAUUCCUGUUGUUUCUUCGCUUUAUAAUAGUAAUUAUCUUUACAUAAUAUUGUGUAAUAGAACAUGUAUUCGGGGUGGAUGUUUAUUUCUAUAAUCAUUCAUUUUGGACA